GUGACAAAAUUUACAGUCUGUAAAUUAGCUGUUUGUAGUGAUUUUGUGGUUUUAAAAAUUCUGCUCUUCUAUACUGUCUUCUGCAUUAUUACUAUCAGCAGAAUCUUCUGUGGAAAUAGCUGAAGUGCAGUGCUGUGUUGCUGGAAGUGUUUUCCCAUUUUGAUACAACAGCAGUGUUGCUGUGUGCUUUGCGUGGAACUGCGUUCUCCAAUCACCAGUGCUGACAGCUGCAACGUGUUUGUUCUUUGACAUCGCUGUUAUCUGUGCGGACAGCGCAACUGCACUUCUCCUUCACAAUCGCCUCCUCGUAUCGACCUGGUCGUCCUGGUUCUUCGUCGCAGUCAAUUUGGCUGAAUUUGAUAUAGGUGUCAUGGAAAUCCGAGUCGGUCUGCUUUGUCUGAAAACCAAUGUGUUGGUGGAAACCUAUAAGUCAGACUCGUUGGAAGAAUUACGGGAUAAGAUCUCAGAACAAGCUAAAAUCCCAAUUAAAUCGAUAGACAUCGACGGCAGGACAUACAAUGAGAAUUCGAAAGAGUUCGUGGUCGGGGAGACGGAUCUCGAUGACGACAGUGUCGUUCUGGCUUUUCCGACCGCGUCCGGCCUGCGUGGGAAAAUGAAUGUUAAGAUUGGCGUUCCACAUACACCUGGAAGAAUGAGCUUUCCAAUGGAGCUAGCUCUUGGGAAUUCGAUGGCCUCCAUCCGUACCGCAGUCUCAAAGAGAGCGAAGGUUCCAGUAAAAGCUCUGGAGAUCGACGGUAAAAUCUACAAUGAGCAUUCGGAUGAAAAACUUCUGGCAGAAACACCACUGACGGAAAGUAUGAUUAUCAUCGCGCAUCCUACCGCGGAGGGACGCCCUUUGACUGCAUCGUUUAAUCAGCCAGCUACUACUUGCGGGAGCUCGGGUUCGGCCGCGCGCGGCCCUCUUCAAAUCCCACUGGUGCCCCCGUCUCGCGGAACCUCUCGUCAGCCCUCCACGUCAGCUCUGUCAAGCGCGGCCUCUGUAUCGAGCAAGCGCAGUCAAGCUGCUACCGUCAAUCAUUCGCCUCGGCCAUCACCACCACACCGUCGAAGCCAUCGUUCGCCUUCUGCAGCCGUGUCAGCCGCCGGUUCAACUGCGAGCACGUUCGGCCGUCCUGUCAUCGUCAUGAAGCCACCGCCAACAGCUCCAUGCCGCCGCAGUCGUCGCCUAAUGCCAGAUGCCACGUCUGCUACAGGUUCAGGUGGCAGCCGACGCAGCCAAGCUGCUGGUGCCAUGCAGCCACCAAUUGCGCCGUCUCGCAGCCGCAAUCGCCGGUCUUCGCCGAGGGCCACGUCCACUACACGUUCCAUCCGCAGCGAACGCGGUCAAUCGGCUGGUAUGAAUCUGUCGCCGCCGCCAUCGAUGCAGCGCAGUCGGUCGCCGUCGGACUCUGUAGCCAGUCGAACGCGCAAAGCACGGGGCACGUCGGAUGCGAAUGAGUCAAAUUGCGGUUCGGUCCAUUCUCGGGCUUCCGUCGCAGGCCCAUCUUACGGAUCACCGUCGCGGACCCGUCUUGUGGGAUGUGCCCGCGCUCCUGACGGUGAGUAUCCCGUGGACUCCAUCAAAACGAUAAAGGUCAACGGAAAGCGACUCCCAGUAGCCAGAUUUACGGACGGUCUAAUGGACUGGGAAGACAUCAGCACGGAUCAAGUGUUUUUUGAGGAAUCAACAGCCCGACUCGAAGAUCUGGUGGAUCUCCGUCGGGAAGGAACUGGUUAUGCUGCGAUUGCUGAGCUGGCCAAAGCUCAAAAAGAGCACAACGCCGACCACGGAAGCAAUAAACACCACGGGAACCGGUAUUUCACUUGCCCAUUCUGUCCGUACGUUUCAGGCACGAGCGGCCACGCCGACAACAUGGUUCGGCACCUGGCCGGAGAGAAGAAACCGGACAGUAUGCAGUAUCCGUGCGAGGCAUUCCGGCUCCACCCUAUCUAUCGCAAGUUUUACCUUGCCGGUAAAAUUCCAAUGGACAAAGUUCCUUUUUCUUAUGCUUAUAAGGACGAGUACAAUAACCUUGUCAAUCCCGGGACACGAGAAUGGCCACCGCUGGCUCAUCUGAUCCAUGUCUGGUUGCACAAGGACGACAAACAGGAGGGUGAGGAGUCGCGCCGUCAGUUAGCUCUUGAAGCCGCCGGAGAAGGCGAAGUGGACGGGACGGACGACGACGAGAUGGGCCAGGGAAGAGGUCGGGGCGGAAAGAAAGGUGAUCAAAGUGAAAACACUGGCCGUGGUCGUCGGGGAAAGAAGUGAGACGAUCAGUGUGAAUGAAUACAAAUGACGGCCGUAAUUGUGUUUGUAUAGCUUUGACAACUUACUUUUUCGUUUUUUUGGUUGCCUUAUGCGCAGCGAAAUAAUUUCUGGUUUUGUGUUUUUUUGGCUUUGGUUAAGAGCGUUGUUUUUUCGUACAGAUUGACAAGCUGGACUUGGUUGUUUUGCUUCAAAAAGUUAAUAGCAGAAAUUCAAGUGAGAG